CUCCCUUCUCACUCUCCUUUUGAGAACAGAGCGAACUUUUCAAUGCAAGUCAUGGAUGGACAAAAUUUCAUUGGGAAACUAUUUCUGGCUUUAUGUCUUUGUAAUCUAUACUCAGUUUGUGCUACAACAGACGUCUGUUCUAAUAGCAUUCUUCCUGGAUCUAAAGGAGAUCCAGGUGAGGUGGGAACAGAAGGCGAAGAGGGAAAAAUGGGGAAAACCGGCCCACCUGGCCACCGAGGCCUGACUGGCGAAUAUGGAGAGAAAGGAGAUAUGGGCCGGAUGGGAAAGAUGGGCUCUAUUGGGGAGAGAGGUGACAAAGGACAACCAGGAAUUGAUGGUCCCUCAGGCAUAAAAGGAAAACUUGGUACUACCUGUGACUGUGGGAGGUACAGAAAGGUGGUCGGACAGAUGGAAAUCAAUAUAAGCAAACUGAAAAAUGCUGUCAAGUUUCUAAAGAACGUGAUUCUAGGUAUCAGAGAGACAGAGGACACGUUUUAUCUGCUAGUAAAGGAGGCGCGGAAGUUUCGAGAGUCACUUUUAAACUGCAAGUUGCGUGGAGGAUCUCUCGCUAUGCCCAAAACCACAGAGACAAACACCUUACUGGCCAACUAUAUCAGUGAAGCUCACCUUACCCAUGUGUUUAUAGGGAUACAGGUAGGGGAGCCAGAGGUGGGGUACAUGUACAUUGAUGGUAAACCCCUCUUGAAUACCACUGUCUGGGGUCUGCAGGGGCCACGCAGAGGUAACGGUGACUGUGUGCAGCUGGGUAGUACAGGAGCUUGGAGCCAGGUGGAGUGUGUAGCCACACAGUACUACAUAUGUGAAUUUGCCAAAAACAGAAAGUCUCCAGCAGCUUUUAUGUGAUAGUUAAAUGGUAACAGAGGGGGAGAGUUUUCAUUAUGUUUUUAAUCAUUCAUUUUUAACAUCAAAAGCUAAUAUAGUGAGUAACUGUCAUACACAGGCUACAUUUUACUGUAUUUUCAUACAAUAUUUUUUAAUGUUUUUGAAUAUUAAUCACUCUUUUAUAUCACUUAAUAAAGGUUAAAGAGGGGUAUGUGAGUGUCAUGCUACAACUAUUGAGUAAAACAGUCAACUUGUUUCUGUUUUGGAUGGUUUCUUUUUGAGUUUCAUUUAUUCAAAUGCUGUUCUCUGCCAUACAGCCUUUGGGAGAUUCUCAUGAAAUCUGACAACUCAGAAAAUGUAAACAUUCAAUACAUUUUCCCAUGCAUUUUUUUCUUCAAAAGCAAAUGUAUUUGCAUGAAUUUAAUCAAGUCUUGUUGUAAGGAUUUAAAUACAAUUUGUCACCAUUUUAAUUACGUCGAGGCAACUUAAUCACUCCCGUAUUCUUUCUUUCUUUUUUUUUUAAACAUUUGUUGUUGUAAAUGCAACAUCUGUGAGUAAAGUCUUUGCAAUAGAGUUGUUCAGCUUGUAGUCCAAACACCCGGAAUAGAAUUCCAUAGGGUUCCAUCUCAAAAUAGGUUUUUAUAACUGUGUUUCUGAACUGAUCCAAAAAAUAAAACAAGAUAUGUUUUGUUCAACAACAUAAAUUACAUACCUCAAACAUUUGUAUAACAAAACAUCCACACAUCGUCAAGUAAUGUUUACCACAGACCUUAUUUUACUCAUAAGUUCAAAAACCCCAUAAUAAAAACCCAUAGGAAAAUACAGAGGGAUCCCGUGGAGAAUUAGACUUCCGGUUUCGCCUACAAAUUCAUAUCAUGGCUGAACAACUCUAUAGAGAAUGACAUCUUGCCGACGAGUGGGCAUGCAGGGUCCUUAACAUCCAAUACACAAACCACAAUGACGGUGAUACUCAACAGUCAUAUUUUUGGAAAUAGAUGCACUCACAUAAAACAAAACCCAAAGGGACGACAAAUACAACACCACCAUUACAAGUACUGCAAUAAAAAGAAAAUAUCAAGAUAUUAAUUUUGUCUUUACUCAUGCUGCAGUGUAUGCUGAGAACCUGAGAUCACAUGAAUAUCUGUUUAUGGUUAUCAAAAUGCAACGAAAAUUGACAUUUUACAAUUUUAAAUUGACUGCACACAAUAAAAAUAAAAAAAUAAAAACUG